AUUAAAAACAGUUUAUGUAAUGUAGGACAGAGCCGAAACAGCUUUCGUAGAAAACGAUCUGAUCCCUCCCGUUAAAGAUGGGAUGAGAAGAGGAGAGGCUGCAACAGCUCGAUGGAGGAAUGAGGCGCAGGCGAGCACUCUACUGCCUCCUGCUCCAGCCAUUCUCCUGCUGCAGCACCACGGACAGCGACAAUGACUCGACUCCGCAGGAAGGCUCUAGUGGCUCUCUUCCUCUUCACCCUCUUCAUCUUCGGGGCCAUGAUGGGGCUGAGGACGCUCAAACCCAGCGACGGCUUCUCGGACCUGGCCCCCGGCAUGGACUUCAACGGGGAGAGGUCCGAGAGGAGGAGGCUGGACGUGAAAGACGUGGUAGUGUCUCCGGGUCAGUCCCACAUGGACAGCAGUGACACUAAGGUGGUCUUCACCAGAUCAGACCGGGACUACAGCAUCUUCUAUGACGUGCACAUUUUCUACUACCUGUGGUAUGGCUCCCCCAGCAUGGACAACAAGUACAUCCACUGGGACCAUGUGCUGGUGCCUCACUGGGACCCAAAGAUCGCAGCCAGUCAUGCUCAAGGAAGGCACACACCUCCAGAGGAUAUUGCAUCAAGUUUUUACCCUGAACUGGGACCCUACAGCUCCCGAGACCCAAAGGUGCUGGAGUCCCACAUGUCCCAGAUAGAAGCAGCUGCAGCAGGGGUGCUGGUGUUGUCAUGGUAUCCUCCAGGGGUGGCAGACGACCAUGGGGAGCCCACCGAGGAUCUGGUUCCUGCUGUCAUGGACGCCGCCCACAGGCACAGCAUCAAGGUGGCCUUUCACAUCCAGCCAUACAAAGGACGGACGGACCAGAGCAUGCAUGACAACAUCAAAUACAUUAUUGACAAGUAUGGAAAGCAUGGCGCCUUCUACAGAUUCAGGUCAAGCACAGGACGAGUCUUGCCUCUAUUUUACGUUUAUGACUCUUAUCUGACGCCGCCAGAGUCCUGGGCGGAGCUCCUGACUGUUAAAGGCUCCCACAGCAUCAGAGGCACUCCUUAUGAUGGUAUUUUUGUUGCCCUUAUAGUGGAAGAGCGCCACAAACACGACAUCCAAGCUAGCGGCUUCGAUGGCAUCUACACCUACUUUGCUUCCAACGGCUUCUCCUUUGGCUCGUCGCACCAGAACUGGAAAGCCAUCAAGGCAUUCUGCGAUGCGAACAAUCUGCUCUUCAUCCCCAGUGUUGGUCCAGGGUACGUGGACACGGCUGUUCGGCCGUGGAACAACCACAACACGAGGAACAGAGUCAACGGGCGCUACUACGAGACAUCCCUGCAGGCAGCUCUGUCCGUCAGACCAGAAAUCGUCACCAUCACUUCCUUUAACCAAUGGCACGAAGGCACGCAAAUAGAGAGGGCGGUACCCAAGAAAACAGUGACCCGUUUGUAUCUGGACUACCAACCGAACCAACCGGACCAUUACUUGGAGCUCACGCGUCAGUGGGCUGAGAACUUUAACAAAGAGAAAGACAAAUGGCUGAUGUAGACUUUAUUUUGACGUUCAUGCACAGUUUAAGACCUGCUGUUCAUCCACCUCUGUGUUUUUAUCCAACUCUCUUUGUUGUGGUUUCCUUAAAUGUUCACUCUUACUGUUUCUAGCACUAACAUUUUUUUUGUACAGGUUGAUAAAGUCGCUGAUGUGUUGAAGCUGUAAGGUCAAAAUGAUGGAUGGCUAAUCAUCUUUUCCUUUUAACAACUCUGCUUGCAACUCAAAGAAAGAGAAGCUUUGUACAGUAUCCCUGCUCUGAAGGUUUUUUUCGUACUUUCUUAUGAUAAACGACUGUUCUUUCCUGUAUUUCUUUGAAGACAAAUUAAAAAGUGAGUCUGUUUACUGCUGGGGAAUCCGUGCUGUCACUGAAACUUCCAACACAGGUAAGAAACGAUCAAAGAAGUCUGCACAGAAAUGUAGGUUAAAGAAACUUCAGAGUAAAGAUUUCAGGAUGCAUAGGAUUUUUCUAUUCUCAAGUGGUGGGCUCAAACCUUAAGUAGCUUGUGAAGCUUUUUUCAGUGGG